GUAUUAUUUUACUUAAAAAAUGUGAGCUUUUCGGUUCGCCUGUAGUUUUUUACGGCCCGACCUUUUGGUUGAACUCGAUGUAAUGUUGCAAGCGAUGUAUUUUACUGAUGUUAAUUUCAAAUAAGCUGUUGUCAAACACCAUUCAUAAUGCCCUGUGAAGAAAGUGGGUCAUCAACAACUGUGUCGGAAUGAGGUUUAACAAAACAGAAUUGGAAGCUUUGGCUGUUCAGCCUUCGCACCGAUUCGACAGGGAGGGUGUCCUGUUCCUCAGGGAAAAGCAAGAGGGAUUCUUUCGAAGAAAUGACGGUCCUGAUUAUAUUUCAGAGCAAAAGGAUAAACGCAAAUCGAAUCGUUUGAGUUGCGUAGGUGCCGGGAGCAAGGUUUUGCAGGGUAGAUGGUGCCGUUUACGUGGCAAUCUUCUGUUUUAUUUAAGAGACGCAGAGCCCUGGUCGGAGGCUGCUGGGUUAUUAGUGCUAGAACACUGUACGGCAAGCGAGGAGCCCCCUGAUGCCAGUGGCUUAUGGCCGUUUUCUCUAACAUACGAAGGAGGUAUAAGUCAACGUAUGGCAGCUGCUACAGAAAAUGAUCGUACGUCAUGGCUCAAAGCUUUGCAGUCGGCAAGCUAUAAUUGUAUGAGAACUAAGUUAAAUAAUUUACAAGCGCAGCUGCAAAAUCACUCCAAAGGGAAUUCCGCUAGCAGAACAUUGGAACUCAAAAUAUGGAGGAAUAAGAAAGUAACGUCUGUGGAUUUAUAUGAAUCCCCUUUGUGUGAAAUAUGCAUGAGUUGUGAUAACUUGUUAUGUGAUGGCCAUGGCCGACCACCCAGUGUUUUUGUUGAAUUACGUGUCUUGACCAGUGACUUAUGGAUUAAAUAUGGGAGAACAGAGAUUAUUCAAAGAAGUAGUAAUCCAUGCUUUUUAUCGACAAUUAAUUUGUACUCUAGCGAUGGCUUGGACACAUCUUCCAAAUUGCAAUUUACUGUAUUUGAUAUUUAUGAAAGGAUGUCUAAUACUGCAACUUUUCUUGGAUCUUCCACAGUUGUACUUGGAAAUAUAAUGGAAGCUAAUAAGGUUCGAAUACCAUUGAAAUGUUCUAGCGGGAGUACUUGUGGUUUUAUAACUAUUGUAGUAUCCAUUCCUGAGGUUGAACACAAGACGCCAGGAUCUCCAGCUAUAUCUGCCCCAGUGCAAAAUACUAUUCACCAUAGAAGGUCACAUUCUUUGCCGCCCAGGCUAAUACGAAAGCAGUGUUUUCCAUCACAAGCAAAUCUACAAACUCUAUUUUCAAAUGCUUGCUUGCACACAUAUCGUAUGCAUUCUGGACUGGGUGGUGAAAUAUGUGUCGUAGAAAUAAUGUUAGAAAGUAAAUUGUGUUUUGCUCUUCCUCAACAACUUCUCAGUUUAUGGAUAGAGCAUGAGAAGGAACUUCUGCAAGAAGUAUCUGCUAUGGGAGAACUUGGUGGUGCUUGGCGAAAUCCACAAAUUCAAUUACUUGACAGGCAUUUACAUCUUUUACAGAAGUAUUCUCAAGCGAAACAGCAUUUGCAGCUUCAGCUACAAAAAUCUACAGAUAACAAUACCUCACAUUAUAAACCUAGUUCAUCAAAAUUUGAACCGGCACUAGAGUUUGCCCCAACUAAUUUGCACCUGCAACGCAUGUGGGCACAUAAUGAUACAUUGGGAAGAGGGGCUAUAAAUGAUAUAGUUACUGUUGGCGCAUUUGCAUCGCUUUGCAACUCAUCGAAAACAGGAGGUCUUGUAUGUUUAGUUCAACAGUUAAAGCAGCUGCCAGAAAAAGAUUUAGAUAAUUCCUGUAAAGUUGAUGCAGCUAAUAAUGCUAUUCAAGCUAUUAAACAACUUAGAAGGCAGCUGGUAGAUUGUAUGAUUCAAUUAUUAGCUUUAGCUAAGACUAAACAAUCUAGUGGUAUGAUGCCUCUAUGUGAAGAUAUGAUUAAUCGAUCUAAAAGCUUGCUAACAAUUUGGGACGCCGGUUUUGUUGAAGAAGCUCUCCGGUUCAUUGACGCACAAAAAGUUGUUCCAGACAAAACAUCUGAAAACGAUUCUGGUUUUAUAGAAGCAAAAUCACCGUCGGAGCUUUCUCCAUUUCGACGUAUAACACAACAAUUUGAUAAUUUAGAAAUUGCAUCACCUGAUCUUGAAGACUUCUCCAGCCCUCAUUUACCUUCUAAACAGUGGCCUAUUACAGAAGAAUUGCAACAACCAUCUUUGACUUUUAACGAAACACAUUUUGAUAUCAACGGCACUAUUGACAAAGUAAUUUCAAGAAAGCAGUGCCAAAUGAUAUCGAAAUCAAGUGUGGAUAGCGUUCUAUCAUCGCCUGCUUCAAAUUAUUACAAACCUACCGAAGAACCUGAACCAUGGGACUUAACACAGCUAAACAUUGAGGCAAGCAUUAUGUGUUUAGUUAGCAAAGUGAAAUUUUUAUGCGGCCGAUGUGGGAGCCCUGCCAUAAGGUUGAAGACACAAAGACAAUCAGCUAGGAUGCGCUUGGCUAACUCACAAAAUGAUAAAGAUAGUAAUGGUUCGAUUGAAUCGACGACGCCAAAACCUACGCCCAGAGGCAAUAAGUUUACCGACGGUCUUGAUUUAUCUACAACGAAUGAUUGGGUGGGCGAGCUCAGGCCUUCGAUGCGUAAAUUAAGACAGGCAAUGGACGGAUAUCUAAAAACAGCUCGAUUGACCCAUUCUGUUUUUAGAUUGCAACAAAACCCACGGGCUGCACGGAAAAGUGCAUCCUUGCAACUGAGGAGGGAUAUUUGUUUUUCCCAAGCUUUGACAUCCUUAGUUACAGGUAUGUGUGCCAGACUGUGGGGAGGCCCCAUAGAUAAUGACUUUAUGCACAUUUUGUCCACUAUCGGCGCUUUUGCUAGUUUUGAAGGUUUGCUUACAUUACAUGGUUCAGAACUCGAUAUGUGGGGUGACAUGAUUGUCGCUAUAGAGGAUUUAACCACAGUAACUUUCAGGCUAGAAGGAGUUCAGAGUAUGAAACUAGGAGGAGUCAUACCUCAUAUUACUGGAAGUCGAACAAAUUUAACAGUCACAAUUCCUGCACCGAAUCAUGCAAUCUCUAAGCAACCAGUAGUUUUCAAAGUAACUCCAGUAUUCUUCAACGUUGGUAUAAAUGAAAAAGUUACUCUGGCAGAAGCUUUGGGGCAAAGUGUUCAACAACGAAAAUCAAAUUUGGAUAACUACAGUCGAUUAGUAUCUUAUUAUCAGCAAUACCAAAAAAUUACCGCGUGUCCAGGAGUACAAAGUUUAGUAGAUAAAUUAAAAAUAUGUCUUCACAACUCAGGAAGUAAGAAUGUAGAAAUUUUGCAUCUAGCUGGUGAUAUAUGUCGUAAUAUACGCGGGUUUAGAUUCACCAGUUGCAAAAGUGCUAAAGACAGAACAGGCAUGUCUGUCACUUUAGAACAAUGCAGAAUAUUAUCCCAAGAUUUUCAUCUGUCUUCUCAGGAGUUUCCUAAGGCCUUAAAUGCAAUGCGAAGCCAAGGCUGCAGAAUAGAUAAUACCUACAAAAAUAUCAAUGUUAGAAAAUAUGCUUUUAACAGUUUACAAGUGUUAGCGCUUCCUCUGGCUUACCGGCCCCCAGUUGGCACAUACGGAUCAUUACAAACGUGAUGUGUUUUAAAAAUC